AAGCUUGUCUCACCACACACUCAUCAUGGCGUCGAUCAAGAGUUUGCUCGUGGCCCUAGCUCUGGUUCUGGGCCUGGCUGCCGCGACCCCCGUGCCCGUGGCCUACGCCCUCCCCAUGCCUGUCGCCCUUCCUGACGGCGGGGGAUACUCGCCCUACAAGGAGGAACUCGGACGUGUCAAGAUCCAAGUGUAUCGAGGACCCAACAAGGAGAAGAUCGGAUAUGAUCACUUCGCUCCUUGGGGCUUCUACUUCACCCAGCCCGAAGACUACAAGCCCUACGGUUACCACUGAGACGAUUCAGAUCUUCAAUCGGCGAUAAGACUGUUUGAUGUAUAGACUGCCCGGAUUUCCCAAGUAGUUCCAAGAUCAAGAAACGUAAUCAACAAGACUCAGGAUCUCUCAUAAACGAUCUUGGCUACCUGCUACACCGACCUAAAUUGUUUCCGUUCUGAAGAUCAAUUAUUCUGGAAAUUUGAAUUCAGUUUCGGUGCGAUUAGAUUAUGUAUUUGUUUUAGAAAGAUUUUUUUUAGAACUGUAUGGCCGAACAGACAAGACACACGUGACUAUUUAUUUCGCCUAAUUUAAGCACAUUAGUCAUAGUUGUAUCAUAAGUGUUAUGUUUUAUCUCUGUUAUAAUAGUAUAUAUACUUUUUAGAUAUACUUUCGUUGCCUUUUGUAAUAAAAUUUUAUAA